CAAAGACGCUCGUCGGACCCGGUUCUGGUUGGCCAGUCCACCUCCAAUCGACACUCGUUGACCUCCAGACCUCCAAGCCAGGCUCUUUGUCCGGCUUCUUUGUUCUAAAUAUGUCUGCAUCGUUGCCCGCUUCCCUCGAUUAUCCCCAUUAUGACCGCCUCGAACAUUUGAUCCAUCUUCAACCACCAUGCUGAUCGCCUGUAUAACCCGCCAUAAGAACGUAAACAACUCGCGAUCCUGCUACUCUUGACGACAACAGGACAACUACAAUACCUCGAACAGAACCCCUGCAGGUACUCCUAAAAGGGCGACUCAAAAUGUCUCCUCCCCGCAAGCGAAGACAAUAUACAAACAGCCUUUCUUCUCCGGUCAGCAAGCGGACACGGUCAAGCACCUCUGAUUUCUCCAUCCCGGGGUUUACCCUCCCGGCCGGGCCGAAGAAGGAGAAACAGCACCAUGUUGCGCCGACAUAUCGCCGUCCAGGCCAGUAUCUCGGGCGGAACGUGUCCGUCGACGAUGCGAUGAUGCUGACCAGCCCGACAAACGAAAGCGCCGCCAUCUCCAGCGCCGAUGGCCAGCUCCUCAAAGACCAAGGCGCCCUGACACUCCCACCAGAGCAGGCCCAGACCGACCUCAUCGCGACAUUUAUCGACUUCGGCCACGUCUGGACGCCCGUCAUCGACUCAGCCUGGCUUGAUACGUCAAAGCCCUCGCUACUCCUUCUCCAAUCCAUCUUCGUCGCUGCCAGCCGGCUAACCACGCAGCCGAACGAGUACGGGUCCACCGCUGAUUUCUACCGGAGAGCGAAACUGCUCUUCUUCUUUGGGAAUGAGCGCAAUGCCCUGAUUUCCAUUUCGAGUGCUAUUUUGCUCUCCUGGUAUAGUCCUGUCGGUCCGGAGACGGUUGUGACGGAUACGAGCGCCUUUUGGCUGCGCACUGCAGAGUCGAUCGCGUUUCAGAUUGGGCUGCACAAGGAGCCUGCAGUGACUGAUCCGCAGCGCGGGCUUCGGAGACGGAUCUGGGGGACGUUGGUUCUCCUCGACUGCAUAACCUCCGCAACCCUCGGCAGCCCGCAGAGCAUAACCCCCAGCGACAGCGCCAGCAACAUGCAACCGCCAACGCUGGACGACUUCACCACGCAAGAUUUCCCCGCCCGAACAUUCCCCGUCUACGUCUCCAUCGCCCAACUCCUCGGCACAAUCGCGCAGCGCCGCCUCCGCCGCGACCUCUGGCCCGAGCACACACGCACCCUCGAGACCUCGCUGUUCCGCUGGGUCAAGCACGAUUUCCUCACGAUUUCGGGCCCGUCACUCAGCUCCUCGCUGGAGACCAGGCAGGUGCUUGUUAUGUAUUUCGCGGGGUUGAUUAUGCUCGAUCGGGCGCGCGGCCAGAGUGCUGAUAGGCCGCUUGCGGCGCGCUCUUUACUGUCUGCAUCGUUUAUCGUCGGUAUAUACCGUGACUUUCUCGAGAAGGACGAGCUCUGUCGAUUGGGGCCUGCAUCCCCCUUCUACGCCCUCGUCGCAGGCCUCGUCCUCAUCCCGACAUACAAAACCGAACCCCUCUGGGAAACCGCGAAUGAAGACACCGUCAUCCUCAAAGCAUGUCUGCAGAUCCUCUCGAAGCAAUGGGGUGCCGCAAUCGGCGCCCUCCGCACGCUCCAGAAACUCUCCGACGAUGCUCUCUCGCACUUCCCACCAACGGGCGCCGAGACCGAGCUCAGAAUCCCGCGACUAAGCGAUGAGACUCUGGCCUUCUUUGAGGGGUUCGAUCGACGCUGGUGUCGCCUCUGGGGCCCCAUCGUCGAUCGCACGCACGAGGGCGGGGUUUCGGAUCUCAAUGGGAGUCUGCGGAGUAUUCUCGAUAAUUAUGCGGCGAGCAGGCCGUGGGGGGAUGUACCUCGCCCUGCGGGUGUGCCGGAGGUUGAGGCUGAGGCGCUGGAUGCGCUGCGUGGUGGCGGAGGAGGGACGAGUGCGUGGGAGCGGGGACUUGGAGGGGAGUGGCUUUUGGAUAAUGGGUCUUCGCUCUAGGAUAAGUAGGUCUGAUGAUUGCAUGUACAGGUUUCGGUUGUAGCUCGUUUUAGCAUUGAUAGAUGGUCUCGUCGCGUGUGCCUGUUCUUGUACCAGCUGCAGUAGAUCCAGUCUGGCCCGCAACACCGAAAUGGUAGGGGAUGGAAACUCCCCGGUGCAGUGCCUGCCUGCCAUGCCUGGGCUGCGCGAAACGCCCGGUCGCGGUGCGGGCCCCGCCCCGGAUCUUAGCUAGUAUUAUUAGGAACUCAUGUAGAAUACACUGGUAAAUCCAUCGCUUCGCAGGCA